UUCAGUUUCGAUUUAUACGCACGUCGCGUAGUGCCUUUGCAGCUGUUUGUACUUCUAUGAACGUGUUUAUUUAUUAAUCAAUUUCUGGCACUCAUUAAUAUUGUAUAGUAAAAACACAAUCAACGACAAUUCUUUUUAAUCGGACUCCCUGUUACUACCUUCAUAAUCACAGCAAAUUUGAAUUCGACGUACAUAUUUAUGUAUGUACUUACGUGGUUGGAGAACAUCGUAAUUGUAUUAAUACAUAUAUGUAUAUAUACAUAUGUAUCUGGUAAUAAUUAUAGUAUAAAAGCAAACAAAUCGCUGUUCGGUGUGAAUGGAUGGGCAAAUAUCAAAUGCUUUAAAAUUAGAUAUUAAUUUAUGUGCGUUAUCGGCUCACUACGACGACCUAAAUCGGCAGCUAGAACACAUAAAUAAUUGAAUGAAUAACAAUACGCGGUGACGUCCAAAGUGGUGUUUGCUGCGAAUCCUUCACUUUGCGCUUCUUUAUGUCCCUCACUUCCAAUACGCGACACUGCGCAUGUGUUAAUUAUUUGGUGUCAAAGCGAAUGCUGACUAACGUUGGCCAUUUGCACAAAAAUCUGAAAAUAAUAAAUGCGUUUUUUUAGUAUUAAAUAAUGCCAUUAUACAUCAAAAAUUAUACGAAAAUUAGAUUAUUAUUAAGUGCACCGAGUUCACAAGAAGUAAAAAAUCACUUCGUCAUCCACAUUCAAAGCAAAUCUAAACAAAUUCUAUGAGUGGGUAAAUUCAGUGUGUGGAUAUGUGCGUUUAAGAUAAUAUAUACAAAUGUUUGCAUGUGACGAGUUUUCCUAUUUUUCUUUGUUUAAAUGGUCUUUAUUAAAAAUAUUAAAGUACGAAGUUUCGCAAUUUUAUUUCAAUAUAUAAUUGCGAUUAGAUUUGUUUAUUGACUAUUUGAAUUCCGUUGAAUAAAUCGUUUAUAUGUAAAUACGUACAUUCUGUAAACAUACAUAUGUAAGUAUAAGAAAUCAAGCAACCAGUUGUUCACAUCUCAGCACUGCCUGCAAAACACAAGUGUAUUCAAAAAAAUGUUUCGAAAUUCAUCAAUUCCUAUGCCGACUAUAAUCGCUUUGUUCGUAAUAAUGGCUGAGCUAAUUGCAGCGGCGGAAGGCGUCCCGCGCUAUCAUCAGUAUGCCAACAAUGGCAAAUCAGCUGUUUCUGAGGAUACAGUGUACAAUUACCUAAUGGAGUUUGAUUAUCUACCUAAGUCGGACAUCGAGACGGGAGCGCUGAGGACCGAAGAGCAGCUAAAGGAUGCCAUACGGAAACUACAGCGCUUUGGCAACAUUCCGGCCACCGGUGAGAUAGAUGAAGCCACACAAAAACUGAUACACCGGCCUCGAUGCGGUGUGGGCGACAGCACUCGAACAGCCAAUUUUUCGCCAGAUAAUCUACAAUAUGGACAUCAUCGUAUGAAGCGCUACGUACUGCAGGGACCCAAGUGGGAUAAGACGGAUUUAACAUGGAGUUUGGUGAAUUGGACGAUGGAGGAUGCCCCACAGAUACGGCGAGCACUCACAGAAGCUCUUAGUGUGUGGGCCCACAGCUCCAAAUUGACUUUUAGGGAAGUGAGGAGCGACCAAGCAGAUAUCCAAGUGCUUUUUGCCCGCGGAGACCAUGGUGAUGGUUACAAAUUCGAUGGGCCUGGUAUGGUGCUUGCUCAUGCUUUUUACCCUGGAGUGGGGCGCGGCGGCGAUGCACAUUUUGACGCCGAUGAGAAAUGGCAUUUUACCAGAGGGGAAAGAGGCGAUUCAACAAACUUUCUGGGCGUUGCAGUUCACGAAUUUGGACACUCCUUAGGUCUCGGGCAUUCAUCUGACCAAAACGCUAUUAUGUAUCCAUGGUAUCAUGACAAUGAAGUUGAUAUUAAUCUUCCUGCUGACGAUCGCAAUGCCAUUCAACAGUUGUACGGCUCGAAAGAUAAGACAUGGGGACCCUUUAAACCUCAAACUCGACCAAAAACUCCACCGACAACAACAACUACAACCACAACCACUACACGACGACCUCUAGUAUAUUACCCACAGAACCGACCCAACGAACCUUAUGACCCACGGCGAAGAUAUCCUUAUAACAACAAUCCACACCAACGUGAUCGGAAACUUCCAACCACAACGACUUAUAGACCACGUACUGACUCCCCUCCACAUCCCACCAGGACUUGGUAUCCACCUCCUCAACCAACUAAGCCAAAAAAAUUGAAACCCGAUACAUGUCACACUACUUACGAUGCCAUUUCGAUCAUACGUAGAGAAAUAUUCAUAUUUCGUGGCCAGUUCCUAUGGCGGAUUGGUGAUCACGGCCUAUAUUCAGGAUACCCAACUUACACUCAUCGGCUGUGGACUGAGUUGCCUAAGAACUUCUCCAAAGUUGAUGCAGUAUAUGAAAACAAAGAUCGAAAAAUUGUUUUCUUUAUUGGUCGUUAUUACUAUGUCUUCGAUUCAGUUACGUUAGUUGGUGGUUAUCCGCAACCACUCACCUCUUUAGGUUUACCGCAAUCGCUUACCCACAUAGAUGCCGCUUUCGUGUGGGGCUACAAUAACCGCACUUAUCUCACCAGUGGUACAUUAUACUGGCGAUUAGAUGAGGAUACUGGGCGUGUAGAAUUAGACUAUCCUCGUGACAUGUCCAUUUGGCGUGGUAUUGGUUACAACAUAGACGCCGCAUUUAAGUAUACCAAUGGUAAGACCUAUUUUUUCAAAGGCUACGGCUACUGGGAGUUCAACGACGACUUAAUGGAAGUGGCGCACCCACGCCCGAAGCUCAGUGCACGCAAGUGGAUGCACUGUCCACGCCUCGUUAACGAAGUCGAUGAGGAGCAAACGUGGACAGCGCCACUCAUAUCCGAACGAAACGAAACAAUGGUUUACUAUUCGCCUAGUAGCGGUGCUAGUUGGAAUUACGCUCAACGGAGGAUGGUGCUCUGGAUUACCCUUUUCCUGAUAUCGCAUCGGUUGUGGACAGAUAUAACAUGGACUACAGUCUGACAAGUCUAUAAACGCAACGUUUACCAUUAUGAAUUUUAAAAGCAACGUAUUUUCAAAGUUAUCCUUAUGUAUUAAAUGCGGUCUUAGUUAAAUACAUUGCGUCUUCAUACACCUAUACCAUAGUCAUUCAAACAAAAUCAUACAAUUAGUAAUUUAGUAUGUUACAAGUACCAUAUAUGUAUAAGCAUAUCCGAAAACUUGUCAUUAGAGGAAAAUAGUUUAUUUAUAAUAAUUUUUAAUAAUCCAGAAAUUCUAUAAAUAAGAAUAAAUAUAAAUAAAUUCCGACUCACAAAUUGACAUUAGUACACUCAUAUACUUUACAGAUCUCAAAAAAAACAGUAAAAUAAACCAUCUCUUAGGUAAACGACUCGAAAUACUAACGUGUAUGCCAUUAUUAUGGAGUAAAUUCCGGCAAAUAAAAAUAAGUCAAGUUCGGACGAAACCGGGCAUUACAUAAUUUUGACCAGAUUUUAAAACUGCUUUCUUAGUUUUUAUGUUAUAUUUUUCACCCGUUUUAACCAUUACGCCAUUAAAAAAAAAAAACAAAACAAUUGUAAAAAUGUAUGUCACUAAUCUGCAUUAAGUUAAGAAUUUGGCUGAUAUGCAAAAAUAAGGAAAAAGUUUAGAUGCACUGGCAGUAUCCGUUUCAAAGUAAGCGUGUUCCAUAUAAAGUCUUGUUCCGAAUUUCGAACUAGAUCAAUGUGUCAUAUUUUAAUCCGUGCGUAUUUCAUUAUUUGUCUUUUGUUACUUAUUCUCAAGUAGCUACACGAAGAAUCUUAACGAGAGGCGGGUAGUAGCUAGAA